AUGAGUCACUUACAUGAUCGAUCGACGGACUCUGACGCCUCUCGUGCUCGUAAGCGGCACAAGUCCAGUCAACAACCCAAAGAGACUUUGGUCGUUGUGCCACAACUCGAUCCUUUGGAACGAGUGGCGUGGCGCGAGUUUCUCGCCACGAGCUUUUUCCUGCAAGUGCCAAACGAUUUGUUCGAUGUCUUUGCGCUGGCAACAGAUCUGCGUCCUGGUCGUCCAUGUGAGGCUUUCGUGGACACGCUGGAAAUUCGGCUCUGUGGACCAUUUGACCUGUUGGCGGUUGCCGCGGACCAGACACAAGUGGCAGUGGACAAACCCUUGUGCUUGCACGGACGCUUCUUCUUUGAUCCGCCAGAGGUGACGACGGUCAUGACUGAUAGUACCAGUCACGUGGGUCGACAUUGGGGCUACUUCCGCGACGCUCCGGAUCAAGUGCCAGCGUACGUCGUCUGUGCAGAGGACAGUCGCGUGGGCAAGUUCGCCAUCGUAGGAAAUCGUCUCAUUGACGUCCUGCAAAGGCGAGUGCUGGAGCGACGAUCGACUCUUGGCGAGGCCAUGACCGCGCAUCUACUUGGAAAGAUAGAGACUCACUGCAGCAAAGUCGCACGUUUGCAAGAAAUGCCGACCGAGACAGCGCUUCGGGCGCACAGGGCAAAGUACAGCGUGGCUGCAUCGCUCCAUCAACUCGGGAUUGUAGUGCCGCUCGACGCGAAGAGCCGUACCGGAUACCGCGAGCUACCGACCACUGGACAAGCGCUAGCAGACCUGCUACAACAGCUCCAGCGCGUCAGUGGCAAAUCGAGAGCAUCGUCGGCAAGUCACCAGCUAAGUGACCUGAUGACACGCGCAACAAUUGCCAGUGACGAGUGCGACUUUGGAACGGGUCUCUUGCUCGGCCUCGACGUCUUUACGGCUGGUGCACGCGUCGAGAAAGAAGCUCUGCAACUACUUCGCGUCGCGUAUCUGCUCCUGCGUCGCACGGAUUUCUACACAGUUGCAUCGGGACAGUGCAAACAUCGCAACGAAGCGGCUCCGUGCACCUCUAUCAACUCGCUGCCACCUCUCCAUCUCCAAACUAGUUCCAAACACUCCACAACAACAACAACAACAACAACAACAACAACGACGACCGUAGAACUCCCAACACCACUACCGACCGUCAACAAGCGCAAGUCCACCACACAGUAA